AUGGACGACGACGACGAUAAAGAAGUUCAAAACGCAUCCGCGACGGUCGCGUUACCCGCCAACUCCACCCCGCGUUCUCUUUCCCUCUUAAACAACCCUCUUCUCGAUCAAUUUCCCUCGCAUUUGUUCCACGAAUCCUUCCGGAAGAGCUUUUUGCUCGAACUCGACCAGUUGUGUUCUCUCGCCUGGGAGAUUUCCAGGAUGGAAUACGAAGACGAAAAAGACCACGAGAAAGACGACGACGAAAAUUUGACUCUGACGUUUCACGAAAAGAUUGAAGUUUUAAACGCGCGAUGGAAUUUCUUCGACGAUUUGUACUCCGAACACACCAAGUGCGAAGAUUUGACCGUCUUUCCGGAACUGAACUUACGAGUGGCGAACGUGACGAAAGCGUACGAAUUAGAACACGAAGCCGAGGAGUGGCUGUUCGAGGAAGUUGGAGGACUGGUGAAGACAGUUUGGAAAGAAACGAAUGAUACUGAUGGGAGUCGUGAGAGAAAAGGAGGCGACGGCGUAAACGACGUCGACGUUUUGGCGAAGACGAGGAACGAAAAUGAUUUCGGGAAGAGAGAGUCGAUAAAGUUAGUCUUAGCGAAAGCGGCGAGAGGAUUACACGCGACGAGAACGAUGUUGAAAGCGCACUUGGCGAAAGAAAGCGCGCACGUUUUACCUCUGUUGAAAAAACACUUCUCCGAAGAGGAGCAGGCGAAGAUGACGUGGUCGUUUUUAGAAAAGUUUCCCGCGGAGAAAGUGACUGGGAUAUUAGAGUGGGUGUUUGGAGAGAUGAUGAUGGGAGAGGAAGAGCACAGAGGUGGAGAGUAUUUGGAGAGUUUAGAGAUGUAUUUAAGAGCGCCAAAAGUGAAAACGUGCGCGGAAGCGAUGGCGUUGAAAUCGAAAUUGAAGAAAAUGAUUGAAGACGUUCGAGCGAACGACGAGGAAGAGUACGAGAGGAUGAAAGAGCGAGUCGAAAAAGCGCCGAUUUUAUCGCUGUUGUUUGAAAAAGAAGGCGGCGGCGAAGAGAUGAUGAUGAUGAUGAACAACAACAACAACAACAAGACGGCGGCGACACCUCCUCCUCCUCCUCCAAACAACCGAAACAGACGAAACCGACACAAAAAAUCCGCCUCUUUGUCCUCGAGACAAAAGCGAGACAAAAAGAACAAGAAGCUUCCAAUCGAUCACAUCUUUCAGUUUCACGAUGCCUUACGCGUAGAGUUGAAUCGAAUGGAGACGGAGAUUUUACAACUCCCGACCGAUGGCGCGUCGAGUUCCGACGCCAAACUCGUUCGAGAAAUUGAAGGUCGAUUUGUGUUUUUACAAGGCGUCUACGAGGCGCACUCCAAAUCGGAAGACGAGGUAGUCUUUCCUCAGUUAGAGAAGAAGAAAGCUUUAGUGAACGUCAGUCACUCGUACACUCUCGACCACGAGCACGAGUCGGAGUUGUUCGAGGAGAUGUUGUCGUUGAUUGAAAAAUUGAAGAAACACGUCAAUCGAGAGAUUUUGAAGGAAGAAGAGAGGAGGACGAAGAAGAAUAAAACGACGACGCGCAAUAGUAUCAGAAACAAAAAGAAGAAUAGGAAAGGCGACGAUAUAGAAGAAAAAAACGAAGAAUUAGAAGUAGAAGAAGUGGAAGAAGACGAUAGCGGCACCAUCGUGAGGAAACUCCAAGAGACGUGCGUCGCUUUAAAAGUCUCCUUGGAAACGCACGUGAAAAACGAAGAGGACGAAUUAUGGCCGUUGUUCGAGGAACACUUCACGAUCGAAGAGCAAGAAACGUUGGUUGGAUUAAUCAUCGGCCAAACUGGGGCGGAGGUUUUGAGGGCCAUGCUCGAUUGGGUUCGCCGAUCGCUCGAUAGCGAAGAGGCGUUGGUGAUGAUGGCGAAUAUGAAACAGGCGACAGAAAAUACGAGGUUUGCGAAAUGGCUGAAUACUUGGAUGACUGGAGAGGAUCCAGAAGCAGUCAGAGUGCUAGGUUUAAAGAAAAGAGGGGUUUUAACGAUUCCAGAGAAAGCGGACUUAGAAGAGAAGGAGCAAAAGAGAAGGAAGAUUGAUGCCACCGCCACUACCAACGACAACAUCGACGACGCGAAGAAGAAGCCGUCGUCGUUCGCUUUGACUGCGAAGAAGCAAGACGAAGAAGAAAAGCGUCGACAAGAACAACACGAACAACGACACCAAAUUAAUAAUAAUUGUCGUGAGCCGGACGAGGACGAGAUUUCCGACGCGACUACCGCGACGAACACGCACGUUUUGGGCGGCCACGGCGUCAGGCAAGUCAGCGAGUAUUUCGACACGUUGCGCAAAUCACAAUCCGCUGAUAAGUUGCUCUCCACGUCCACAUCAGUCGAGAACCAAUCCGAGGGCGGCGAUGACACGUCCAAAGAUGCGUCGCACAGUAACCAAACGGACACCGGUAUUUUUAAACCCGGUUGGUCGGAUAUUUUCAAAAUGAACCAACGUCAGUUGGAAAGCGCGAUACACAUUUUGAAUCGAGACGAUACGCUCGCGCCGAGUAGGAAAGCGUAUUUGAUGCAAAACUUGUUAGCGAGUCGAUGGAUUACCGGGAACCAAAAGAUUACCGAAGAUAAGAUGGAGUUGGAUGCCAUGAUGAUGGUUGAUGGAGGAAACAAAAGUGGGAACAACAACAACGCCACCACUACGAAUAACAACAACAACAACAACACCAACGCGAUGCGCGCGGUGUCGGCAUCCGCCGAAGAGGACGACUCGAACAACACCAACGAGAACAAGAACAUCUCACCGUCGUUGAAAGCUGUGCCAAACUUCACGCUUCGCGGUGGCAUCGGUUCGGGUGAUAAAAAGAAAGGCGCUACCGCGGAUCAACCAAUCGUCUGUUACGCGUGCCCUCCUCCGUCUAAAACAAACGCCGAAAAGCAAACGGUAAACAAAGCAAAAGAGAGCGGCGGCGGCGGCGGGAACAACACCACCACCAACUACAAACACGAAAACUGCCUCGGAUGCAAACACUACCACCGAAAGUGUAAAAUCGUUCCAACGUGUUGCAACGUCCCUUUCCCGUGUCGUUUUUGCCACGACGACAACUCCGACCACGCCAUGGACCGAUACAACACGAAAGAAAUGCAGUGCAUGAAGUGCGCGUUGAUCCAACCCGUCGCCAAGAAUUGCAAAAAGUGCAACGUCGAAAUGGCCAGAUACUUUUGUAAAGUCUGCAAUCUCUUCGAUGAUUUACAAGACGGCAGACACAUCUACCACUGUCCGUUUUGCAACGUCUGCCGAAAAGGUAAAGGUCUCGGCCAAGAUUUCUUCCACUGCAUGAAAUGCAACUCGUGCGUCUCUUUAGUCAUGGGCCCGCACGAGUGUCUCGGCAAACGCUCGAGCAUGGAGAGCGAAUGCCCGGUGUGCAAAGACUUCAUGUUCGAUUCCGAGACGCCGGUGAAAACGUUACCGUGCGGACAUUUAAUGCACACGUCUUGCUUCGAAACGUACACGAGGCAUUACUACACCUGUCCGCUCUGCCGCAAAUCUCUGGGCGAUUUCACCGUCUACUUUCGAAUGCUCGACGCGAUUUUAGCGGACGAGAGGCAGAAGAAAAAAGCCGAAGAAGAAGAUAAAGAAGAUAAAGAAGAAACCAAAGAACAAAAGCAGCAAAAGGUCAAAUGCAACGACUGCGCGGAAGUGACGAUGGCGGAGUUUCACUUCGUCUACCACGCCUGCGGGAAAUGUCGCUCGUACAAUACCGUGGUAGAAUAG